UCUCGGCUCUGCCUGGAGUUGUGAGUGCGGCGGCAGCGGUGCUGAAUAUGGCGUCAGACGGGAUGAUUUUAACCAACCACGACCACCAAAUUCGGGUCGGCAUCCUGACAGUAAGUGACAGCUGCUUUCGAAAUCUUGCUGAGGACCGCAGCGGGAUCAACCUCAAAGACCUCGUGCAUGACCAGUCCUUGCUUGGAGGAACCAUCUCGGCAUACAAAAUUGUUCCCGAUGAAAUCGAUGAGAUCAAGGAGACGCUGGUCAAUUGGUGUGAUGAGAAAGAGUUAAACUUGAUUUUGACCACCGGUGGAACUGGUUUCGCCCCGCGAGACGUCACACCAGAGGCCACAAAAGAAGUGAUCGAGAGAGAAGCUCCAGGGAUGUCUCUGGCCAUGCUGAUGGGCUCACUUAACGUCACUCCUCUGGGCAUGCUCUCCAGGCCAGUGUGUGGUAUCCGAGGGAAAACUCUAAUCAUAAACUUGCCAGGCAGUAAAAAGGGUUCACAGGAAUGUUUUCAGUUCAUUCUACCCGCUCUCCCUCAUGCUAUCGACCUGCUGCGAGACGCCAUCGUCAAAGUGAAGGAGGUGCCCAACGAGCUGGAGGACCUGCCCUCGCCCCCGCCGCCUCUGUCCCCGCCCCACACCAGCAGCCCUCUCCAGCAGACCGAGGACAAGGGGGUGCAGUGUGAGGACGAGGAGGAGGAGAAGAAGGACAGCGGUGUGGCCUCCACAGAGGACAGCUCCUCCUCACACAUCACAGCCGCCUCCAUCGCUGCCAAGAUCCCCGACUCCAUCAUCUCGCGUGGCGUUCAGGUCCUUCCCCGUGACACGGCAUCGCUGAGUACCACACCGUCCGAAUCGCCGCGCGCUCAGGCUACAUCUCGCCUCUCCACUGCGUCCUGCCCCACCCCUAAGGCACAGCUUCCCUCCUCCUCAUCCACCCUAAGCAUUGCUGAGGCGUCUCGGCGAGAGUUCAGGGCUAACCUGGAUGAGGUCAUCACACUCAAGUCAAGGUACUCUACCUUGGACCAGCUCCAGUGUAGGUUGGAGGUGCUAAAAGAUGAUCGACGUGGCCAUAGGACCUUCAGUUCUCGAGUUCAGUCACGAUGCAGCAGCAAGGAGAAUAUCUUAAGAGCAAGUCACAGUGCGGUGGACAUCACCAAAGUGGCUCGGAGACACCGUAUGUCCCCGUUUCCUCUCACCUCUAUGGACAAAGCCUUCAUCACUGUGCUAGAGAUGACUGCUACCCUGAGUACUGAAAUCAUCAACUACAGAGACGGCAUGGGUCGAGUUCUGGCUCAGGACGUUUAUGCCAAAGAUAACCUGCCUCCAUUUCCUGCCUCUGUUAAAGAUGGUUACGCUGUAAGAGCAGCUGAUGGUCCCGGUGACAGAUUUAUUAUCGGCGAGUCUCAAGCUGGUGAACAGCCCACACACACUGUGAUGCCAGGUCAGGUGAUGCGGGUGACGACGGGUGCACCCAUUCCAUGCGGGGCGGAUGCCGUGGUGCAGAUAGAAGACACAGAACUGUUGCGGGAAUCUGAUGACGGCACAGAAGAGCUUGAGGUCAGAAUUCUGGUUCAAGUGCGUCCCGGUCAAGACAUCAGGCCCAUCGGUCAUGACAUUAAGCGUGGUGAAUGUGUGCUGGCUAAAGGCACUCAUAUGGGCCCGUCUGAAAUCGGUCUGCUGGCUACAGUCGGUGUCACUGAGGUGGAAGUGCAGAAGUUUCCUGUCAUAGCUGUCAUGUCUACAGGCAACGAGCUGCUGAACCCAGAAGAUGAUUUACACCCCGGUAAGAUCAGAGAUUCAAACCGCUCAACGCUGUUGGCAACCAUACAGGAGCACGGCUACCCCACCAUCAACCUGGGCAUUGUAGGAGACAACCCGGAUGACCUGUUAAAUGCUCUGAAUGAGGGAAUCAGUCGUGCUGAUGUCAUCAUCACCUCAGGGGGUGUGUCCAUGGGGGAAAAGGAUUACCUGAAGCAGGUACUUGAAAUAGACCUGCACGCUCAGAUACACUUUGGACGUGUCUUCAUGAAACCAGGUCUGCCCACAACAUUUGCCACAGUUGACAUGGACGGGUCUCGAAAACUGAUCUUUGCUCUGCCAGGUAGGGACGGUAAUCCCGUGUCGGCGGUUGUAACGUGUAACCUCUUCGUCAUUCCUGCCUUGAGGAAGAUGCAGGGAAUCUUGGAUCCUCGACCCACCAUCAUCAAAGCCAGGUUGUCAUGUGACGUGAAGUUAGAUCCGCGGCCUGAGUAUCACCGCUGUAUUUUAACAUGGCACCAUCAGGAACCUCUGCCGUGGGCACAGAGCACAGGGAAUCAGGUUAGCAGCCGACUGAUGAGCAUGCGCAGCGCUAACGGACUCCUGAUGCUACCUCCCAAAACCGAGCAAUACGUGGAGCUGCACAAGGGUGAAGUCGUCGACGUCAUGGUCAUCGGCCGUCUAUGAUGUCAUCACAGAGGGACAGAGAGCGAGGGCGGUUCACGGUGCAUGUUCACAUAUCAUUGACUGUAAUAUGCAACGGCACAGCUAGUUUCUAUUGAUUUGGAUGAACGCUGAAGUAUAGUCAUCAUCUUCAUCGAGAAACUAGAUCUGUAUGAUUAAAAAAAGUAAUUUAAAGAUUGUAUUAUUUCAAACAAAGAAAAAAAUAUAACUUUUAAAUUAUAAAAUCGUAUUAUAAAAAGAGAUUUAUUCUGUAUUGUUAAUAUUAUUACCGCAUUUUCUCAUUACUAUUAUUAUUAUUAUUGUUAUAUUAAUGCAACUUUGUUCUUUUCAUUGCAAUUUCUUUGUGUGUUUGAUGCUAGAUCUUAUAGCUGUAGCAUUUUAAUAGAAAACAGUAGGUGGCCGUCAGGAAAACAAAGAAAGUUCCAGUUUUUAAUGUAAAAAUAGACGAAAAGGAAUGAGACUGCUUUUGUUUUCAAACGUGGGGGACAAACACGACAUCUUGUCACCUGGACACUGGACGGCGCCAUUUUUUGUCAUUGACGGGACACCUUCUUCUUUUCCUCUCAUUAGUACGCAUCAUUAUGACAUCACAAAGAGCUUUGCUUGUUGUUUAUCUCGUGAUUCUUGUUUGUGUGCGCAGUGCCAAAUGCGUGAGUGCCCAUCGGUCCUGCCCGGGGGAACACGGGCCUAGUCACCUGAUCCCUGAAGCUUCCUUAUAAUCACAUGACCUGGUGUAGCCCCGCCCCCAUCCCCCAGGGGGUGGAGUCACAGGCGAACAUUUAUUAGAAUAUAUUUAAAAAGACGAAAAAGAAAAAUAACAGCUUAUUUAAGUGCUGACUGCCUUUUUAAUCAACUACACAAAAAUGUACAGUAUAUAAAAAUAAGAAUCGAAUUGUACAGAUAAAAGUGACCAGCACUCCUGCGGAAUAUGACCAAGCGAUGAGGAGACAUUGAACAAAUCUGUAUCAUAACAUUUUCUGUAAUGAUAAGAACCUAAUGAGAGAGACAACAAAAAUAAAAUCCUUGAUCAUUAUAUAAAAUAUAUAAAAAUAGCAUUGUGGAAUUUUCUUGUAAUAAAAUAAAUAAAAACAUAAUUCCUUAACGUGUGUGAUUUCAACAUUUUACGUAACUGAUCAACCUAUGCAGUUUUUUUGGAUAGUUAAUCUUUAUGGUUGACAUCUUUAUAUCUUCAUUUUUCCACUGUUAUUUUUGUACAAUCCUUUGGACUUUACACUACAAUAGAGCGCAACAGUUAUAUCUUCUAAACCUUUAAAGACAGACCUACCGAGAGCUCCGCAGUCAUGCUUUUCGAAGUCAUGUUUAAUAGCGGAAUUCCUGGUGAAGAACUACACUACCCAUGAUCCUGAGGAGAAAUCCACCAAUCAGAGAACCGCAGCCAACAAAGUGUGCCAAAAGAGCUCUGCAGCAGCCAAGGUGUUCAAAAUAUGCAUCGGUUAGCUCAGUGAUAAAGACGUUGACUAUCACACCUGGAGUCAUGAGUUCGAAUCCAGUGCGUGCUGAGUGACUCCAACCAGGUCUCCUAAGCAACCAAAUUGGCCCGGUUGCUAGGGAGGGUAGAGUCACAUGGGGUAACCUCCUCGUGGUCACUAUAAUGUGGAUCGCUCAUGGUGGUGCGCGUGGUGAGUUGUGCAUUUAUGCCACGGAGAAUAGUGUGAAGCCUCCACAUGGUAAGAUGCGCGGAUUGACAGUCUCAGACGUGGAGGCAACUGAGAUUCGUCCUCCGCCACCCGUUUUGAGGCGAGUCACUACGUCGCCACAAGGACUUAGCGUGCAUUGGGAAUUGGGCAUUCCAAAUUGGGGAGAAAAUCAGAGGGUAUUGACGCUGACUAUCACCCCUGUAGUCGCGAGUUUGAAUCCAGGGUGUGCUGAGUGACUCCAGCCAGAUCUCCUAAGCAACCAAAUUGGCCCGGUUGCUAGGGAGGGUAGAGUCACAUGGGGUAACCUCCUUGUGGUGGUGAUUAGUGGUUCUCGCUCUCAAUGAGUCGUGUGUGGAUCGUGGAGAGUAUCAUGAGCCUCCACAUGCUGUGAGUCUCCGCGGUGUCAUGCACGACAAGUCACGUGAUAAAAUGCAUGGAUUGACGGUCUCAGAAGCGGAUGCAACUGAGACUUGCCCUCCUCCAGUCAGAUUUACAAAUACUUCUUGGCUUCAAAUCAAAGGUUGCAAUGUUGUGAUUCACGUCGGUUCUUGUUGGUUUGGUUAAUUGCUCGCAACUCUUUUAUGAAGGAUUUUAUUAAAUCCCUAUGGAGAAAAAUAGAUGGGAAAAAUACUUCCGGAGCCAAGACAGACACUGUUGCGCUCUAUUUUUGUAAAAGUUGAGAAAAUAUUAUGAGAUUAUUUACUUGUCUUUCCACCGUGUUUUAAAAAGGGUACAAAUGAUGUCACUUUUCAUGCCAUGUUGAUUUUAAAGGUAACACUAUACAGUGAGGUUGAAUUCCUUAACAUUGGUUAACUACAUAACUUAACAUGAACUAGCAAUGAACAAUACUUUUAAAACACAUAAUGAUCCUGGUUCAUGUUGAUUUCAUCAUGUAAUAAUACAUGUUUAAAAUUCAAAGUAGUAUGUUACAUUGGUUAAUGCAUUAUGAACUAACAAUGAACAAUUGUAUUUUUAUAAAUGAACAUGAAUCAAGAUUAAUAAAUGUUUUAAGAAAAUUGUGUUCAUUGUUAGUUCUUUAAUGUAAACCUACUGUAAUGUUAACACAUAGAAACGUAAAUAAAGCGUCACCAUUUUAUGUCUGAUUAUAGUUUAUCAAUCAUAUCUAGAAAAACAACAUGGGAUUUGUGCAUUUACUACUUGAAAUGAUGAAUUGAACAACAGUUCACGGAAGCAUAUAUAUAGUGUAAAUCACAUAUUAACUCAGUGUCCUUAUUGUUUUUAUGGACAUGGUCAAUUACAUCUCCAGCUGUAGAAUCAGAUAUUGAUUAGAUGUUGAAGACUAACAGCUUCAUGCAACUCAAACCCAUGGCAAUGUCAUGUUGAGAGAGGAUUACUGAACUCAUGAGGUCACUGCCAGAAUCCUGAUCCACUUUAACAUCAGACACCUGAGCUACGAACACUCACACAUCCACUGGACCUGUGUGAAAACACAACUGGAAUUAUUACCCAC